AUGUUUGGAUUACAGUGGGACGACAACAAGGCCGGAAAGUCAUCAGACAAGAGAUCUCAAGGACUUCUAGGCGUCAAAUUUAUUUUUUUGAUCUUGAUGGUUGAUUCUUAUCUGUUGAUGCCGGCCGAGUCAUCAAGGCCCAAUAAAUGGAAUUUGAAGAGAAACUACUAUCAGAAAUACCGCAAUGUGGCUCGAAGGCAAGCAAUCGCCCCGGAGGCCGCCCCGCUCCUUUCCACGGCCGUUCCGCUCCUUUCCACGGCCGCGCCACUCAUUUCCAACGCCGCGCCGCUCAUCUCCAAUACAAUUGCUUCAACCCUCAAUUCGUUAAACCAGUCUGAAUCCAAUUGGGGAUCCAGUCAUUUUAGCUUUCCAAAUCCUGUGGACGCUCUACCUGACUUUUCGUAUGCUGGCUAUCGAUCAGGAAACGUCCCUAUCCCUUGGUCGGACAACAUCACGAUGACCAUUUCACCAACUAAUGAUGAGGACGACAGGACUCAAGCAAUUCAGACUGCGAUCGAUUCUUUGGCUGGACAGCCCGGCGUAAUUGAAUUUCAAGCAGGCACAUACCUCUUAUCAGGCAAUAGCAGCAUCCGCAUUCCCUCUUUUGUCGUACUGAGAGGCGAAUCUAGCACGCCUUCUGAAACAAUUCUACGGGUCUCAGGUCCCCCGAGAAAUCUUUUCGAGAUCGGAGAUCCUAAAGCUUCCGGUUCAUUGCGCCCGGAAGAAGGUAAGAGCCGGAUCAAUCAAGCCUAUCUCGGCGUUGGUGCAAAAUCUGUUGAGGUGGAGGACGCUUCCCAGUUUAAGAUUGGCCAAAGUAUCGCCAUACAUCGUCUAGUCACCCAAUCAUGGAUUGAUGCCAUGGAUAUGAGCAGCUUAGUUCGAGACGGAAAACGUCAAGUUUGGCUGGCUCCAAACACCCCAGUCAACCAAGAGCGAGAAAUUACAACGAUCAGUGGAAACCGGAUCACGUGGGAAAUUCCUCUGACCGACUCAGUCAAUGUCUCCUCAUCUGACGGUACUGCCAGUAUCGUUGCUUAUCAGCCACCCAUGCGAGUUCAACAGGCCGGACUUGAAAACAUGGUGCUCACCCAAGUCCCCGAUUCAUCCAGCUUAAAGGUUGGAACGCCGACUAUAUUGCCCAUCAGAAUUGGCAGCGCAGAAGACUGUUGGAUCCGCAAUAUUCAGGCGACCGGUUUCAUUGAGUUUUCAUAUUUGACGCAGUCCAGUCGAAGAAUUACGCUAUCUGAUUUCGUGAUUAUUCGAGAUGUUCCGACCUCAAAUGGCGGAACAGGAGCAUUGCCACUCGACAUCACCCUGGGCGGAUCUCAGGCGUUGAUUCUGCGGGGGACAACGGUUGGAAACCAGGACACGGCUUCGUAUGUUGUUUCAACGGGUCGGCUAGCCGCUGGACCUAAUGUUGUCUCUGGCUAUCUUGCGACUGGAUCUACCCAUCAUAUGAUCGAACCCCAUCAGCGAUGGAGUACUGGAUUUUUAGUGGAGGACUCGCAUGUUGGACAGAUCAACUUGAAAAAUCGUGACAUCAUGGGUAGCGGACACGGGUGGGCAAUUGGCAGCGGCGUGGUAUGGAGCUGCUCAGCAACCAAGUUAACAAUUGAAAACCCACCGAUGUCGAGGAACUUCAAAGUGAACUCCCAAAAAGUAGCCAAUUUUCAAAACUUCGAACCUAGUGAUCAAGGCCAACCCGUCAACAGUCUGUAUCAACUGCAACUGAGCGUAAGAAUAGGCGUCGAAGCGGCAGCACUCGUUUUCAAACCGUUAGGCGUUUCGCUUGAUCAACCUCGCAUCAGCAUGAACAUGGUCAAGCCUGACGAGCGCGUCAACGACGCUUUUACAGUGCCCAAGCCACAGAGACACUCUGAAUCGUCGGGUCUGGUUUCAGAUCUCCUUGGGGUGCUUUAG